GAAGACUGACUGAACUUUAUUGCCUUCCAUCACAGUGAUCACUGUGGUGAAUGAUUAUGUUAAGUUCUGUCGUGUAUUGUCUUUUAAUUGUAUGGCUGCAUGGUAACUCAAAUAUCACUGUACCUCAAUUGGUGCAUGUGACAAUAAAUGUGAACUUAAACUUGAACAAAAUUCAACCAAAAAUGCAGUGGCACCGGUUUACUCACAUCGCCCAUUAAAUUCCUCCUAACUAAUAACUUUGUUUGGAGAUGCCAGUGUACUUUGCCCUCGGGUGUUUUUUUUUUAAUAUAAGAUUUGUUGUUUGGCAUGGUAACAGUCGAGCUGACAGUCUGACUGCUGUCACGUGAAGUUCUGGAAACAGAACGGAAGUAGUUUUCCGGGCUGUGGUUGCAGUUCUGUUGCUGCGUUUCUUAAAGAUACACAGAAACAGAGAGAGAGAGAGAGAGUGUGUGGAGGUGGGGGGGAUUAAUUUCGAGUUGUGAGCAGACUGCGUUUUGCAUGCAAUUCAAUUGGAGUUAAAACAAGGUUGGAUCCAGAUGAUAGUGUUUCACUGUUUGGGAGAGUUGAGGAGAUUUAGCAGUUGGACCCAGCCAAUGGAUCGAGCCGCCCGGGCUUGCUGACAUCAGGCAGCUUGAUCCGCCCAGUCGGAGGCAGCAAGUAGCAUCGACCUCCGAGGCGGCGCCGCCAACCGCACCUGAAGGUGAGAGACCGAAGCACGGGAGCACCGACUCGCUGCUGGAACAGACCCUACCUGUGGACAUGAGCAGCACCGUAAGGAUCCUGAGAUGUCCAAAUUCUUCUCGAGAACAUGCAAAUACACCUCAGAACAGACCAGAGGAAAACGAUGAAACUGACAGCGAAAGUUUUCCUUCAAGAUCGCAGAUCGCAUCAUCUGGGCAUUACAGGCCAGUGGCAGGCAAUUGCUGCUCCAGUGAUCAUUUUGGACAAUUCUCAUCGUCCUCAGCAUGUUCUACAGAUUUCUCUAAAGGUGUCGACAGUACUAACGCUGCCACUCCAUUUCAACACUUGAAUAACUAUUGCGGAUCCCCGGCACGAUAUGUUGAAAAUUGGCACGGUCCUUGUUCUUCUUUCUCCAUGGGAGGUUAUACUUCUGAACCUGCUGACAACUCAUUGCUGAGUACCGGCAUGGCUCGCUCACCGCAGAAUGGAAGCAUUGUACCGCCAUCAUUACAUGGCACGCUUGGACUGACGCAUCUUGAACCAGGGUAUCCUUUGGUGUCUUAUCAAGUUCGACCGCACAGUCCUGUUUUGCAACAGAGCAGUUACCGACCUGGUGUUUCGGUGUAUGUUCCAGAACCUCGUCGUCUUCCUGCCAGAGUGGACCACAACCCUUUUGGGACACCAGGUUACCUAUGGAAUUUUCUUUUCAAUAUACUAAGGAAGCAUAAUGAAUUGAUUGAAAAAGAUUCUGUACCAGUUAGAGUGUCUGUAUUACUAUGUACAUUAUUUUGUCAUUGGUUGUCAGAGCUGCAUUGGUUGUUGCGGAGUAAAAGUGGUGCACAACUGCUUUGAAGACUAGCUAGUCAAAUAUUUGAUCUUUUUUUACUCCAUGUGAAAUUCCAAAAGCAGCCAAUGAGCAAUUAUUUUUGAGGUGUGGUCAUUAUGUUUGAAGGCAAACACAGUAGCAGGUUAGUGCAUAGCAUGUUCACAGUAUAGCUGUAAGGUAGUCAGUUUUGUUGGUCGUAGGGAAUACCAAGGAGAUGCUCCUUUUGUGUGAUCUUUUACAUAGUUUGUGUGCAAGGAGUAUCUUGGUUUUAGUUACUGCCCCUUCUGAAGGAAAGCAGCUUCAAUAGUGUAUUUUCCACCGCCUACUGUAUUGAACAUGUUUCAAUGAUACGUGCUUCAAUUAAGUCAUGGUCCAAAGAAAUGUCAGACUUAUGAAGCAUGACCUGAAUGUUUAUUCUACGUCUCUUUGUGCUUAUCUUUGUUUUUGUGUCUUCACCAUUACUUGCUUUCUAUUCAAAAGCUCACUGAUGCUAAAAUACAUCCAGGGCCUGUCCAACCAUUCUGCCUUUCUGGAGUAAUUUUCAUUUUCCAUUGCUGGAAAUCAACUUUUGAUAAAUUUCUAAAUUUUAAUCCUUGCGUUCAAAUUGUGUUUGUCUGGGAGGUGGGAAUAGAUAAGAAUAGGUGGGGAGGGGGGAAAAUAUUCCAGUGUUUUAAUCUGUCAGUACCUGUACUGUUAUACAUGUUAUCUUCCAAAGAGCGUGUAUGGUUGUGAAGCUGUUGGUUAAAUGUGAUUGCGCUGUAGCAAUAUAAAAAUGGGCCUUUCAAUCUAACAGGGUCCUGUAGUUUGAAUGUUUCACACGAAUAACAUCCUUCUCUUCUCCACCCAUAUAAGAAAUGGGAGGGGGAUGUGGUCAAAGGGCCAUUCUUACCCACUCCACCAUUCGAUAUGUUCUUGUUUGAUCUUGUGUGUGUUUCAGUGAGGGUACAUCUCAUUCUUCUAGGUUGGUGAGUACAUACCCAGUCUGGUCCGUCUCUUCCCAUAUGACAAUGUGUCCCCUUUCCUUUAUGCCAGUCAUAAAUCUGGUAAACCAACACUACUCACUCUGUUAAAAGUUUAUCCUUUCUGAUGUAGGGAAACCAGGGAUGCAGUGCUGCCAGAGCUCACCGGAACGCCACUCCGGCACCUCUUUUAUAUUUAAAAAAAUAAAA